CUCAGAACCAAAAAAUAUCUCCUGCUCUUUCUCACACAGAUUAGGGGAAACGGCACCACAUUCUGAACUAAAACUAAUCUCUGUCACUUUGAGCUGUGAAAUGGCACAGGCUGCAGGUCUUCUGGAUCAGGACCAGUUGAGCUGUGCGAUCUGUCUGGAUCUACUGAAGGAUCCGGUGACUAUUCCCUGUGGACACAGUUACUGUAUGGGCUGUAUUAAGGGCUGCUGGGGUCAGCGUGACCAUACUGGUGUCUACAGCUGUCCCCAGUGCAGACAGACCUUCACCCCAAGGCCUGUUUUAAGAAAAAACACCAUGCUGGCUGAAGUGGUAGAGAAACUGAAGAAGUCAGGACUCCAAGCUGCUCCUCCUGCUCACUGUUACGCUGGACCUGGAGACGUGGCGUGUGAUGUCUGCACUGGGAGAAAGCACAAAGCCGUCAAGUCCUGUCUGGUGUGUCUGGCCUCUUACUGUGAAACUCACCUCCAGCCUCACUAUGAAUCUCCUGCCUUUAAGAAGCACAAACUGGUCAAAGCCACUGGAAACCUGCAGGAGAAGAUCUGCUCUCAUCAUGACAAACCUCUGGAAAUUUACUGUGGAACCGAUGAUCAGUUUAUCUGUUAUCUGUGUACAAUAGAGGGUCACAGAGGCCAUGAUACAGUCUCUGUGGCAACAGCAAGAACAGAGAAACAAAAGCAGCUGGGGGCGACACAGAGUAAAUUCCAGCAGAGAAUACAGGAGAGAGAGAAGGAGCUGCAGGAUCUGAGACAGGCUGUGCAGUCACUCAAGCGCUCUGCACAGGCAGCAGUGGAGGACAGUGAGAGGAUCUUUACUGAGAUGAUCCGCUCCAUUGAGAGAAGGUGCUCUGAGGUGAAAGAGCUGAUCAGAGAUCAGGAGAAGACUGCAGUGAGUCGGGCUGAAGGACUCUUGGAGCGACUGGAGCAGGAGAUUGCUGAGCUGAGGAGGAGAGACGCUGAGCUGGAGCAGCUUUCACACACAGAGGAUCACAUCCAUUUCCUCCAGAGCUCUAAGUCUCUCUGUGUCCCUCCUGGACCUGGAGACUUACCCAGCAUCACUGUCAGUCCACACAUCUCCAUUGACGCUGUGAGGAAAUGUGUCUCUGAGCUGAAAGAGCGACUGGAGGACGUCUGCAAGGGAGAAAUGUCUAAGAUCUCCAGGGAGGCCCAUCCCAACCCAGGGAAGCCCUUUACUGGAAUCAAAACAGAGGCCUUUUUACCAAACAGCCCAGAGGGCCAGGAGGUGGUGAAGCUGCUGCAAAGAGCCUUUGAGCAGAAGCUGAUUUUUACUGUGGCUGCAACCGAUGGAGCUGCAGACAGCAUCGUCUACACUGACAUCCCCCAUGAUGCAUCACUUUUUGUCCACACGGGGGCGCACUUUCGUUAUUUUGCCCUGGGCGCCUGA